AUGGACCGCCGCAGCAUGUCGCCCAACCAUGGCUCAAACCCCGAGGGUUCUCCCUUCUUUAACGACGACUCGACACGGAUACAACUUCCCCAGAUCGUAGGAUACCUCGGCGAUCCCACGCCAUACGGACCCGUCAACAUCGCCGAGCCGAUGCCAAUUCGCAGCGAAGGUCUCCGCCCGAUGCCCACGUUCCCCCCGAUAGCCAGCCCCGAGUACAGCGAUUCCAACGGUCUGAGAACCCAUUUUCGAGAACAAUACACUCAACUUCGGCACGCGUAUCAGCUGCCAUUUCGAGAGCCGUCCGUCGGAGGCCGUCGGAUCAGGCCGACGCCACACCCGGAUCUACUCGAGCUGUGGCACGCCCAGUCUCUCGAAGGGCCCGCCAGAGAGACGCACGAUUCGUUCCCCGGACCUCUACAGCCGCGCCACAUCCUCCUAGGCGAAAGACCACCGUCACACAACGACGCAGAGCCGGCUCGGAGAGAGCCAUACACGCCACCGAACCGAGCUCCGGCGCCGCAACAGCAACAACAAGAACAGCUGAACCAGCAAGACAGGAUGCCGCACUUUGGCCCGCUGAGCGAGGGCUACCAUCUCCGGUCUCCGAUCCUUGCGCCGGCUCGACGGGGGGAAGAUUCGGACGAGUGGAGCGGGACGACGGCCGUCGGGUCGAACUGGUCGUGGGAGCGGAACAGGGGAGGGCAGGAGACCCUGGAUCUCGGCGAGCGAGCCGGAGGAGAAGCCCAGCGCGCUGCUCCGGAAGACUUUGAUACAAUCACGCGCUGGCCUAGCCCCGCGUCUUUUAGGGUGGCCUCCCCGAACCCGGGCCCGAACCCCGAAGGCGAAGAAAAGUCCGGUGAUAACGGCCCGCGUGCGGUUGGCGGGGAUGAGCCUCAAGGGCCGGGUGCUGCGACUGAUCAAGCUCGGACUACCUCCUCAGAGCAAGAGCAAGAGCAAGAGCAAGAACGAGAGCGAGGGGAAAGAGAUGUCGGAACGGAUCCUAUUACCCGGAACCCGGGACCUGUGGAUGGAGAGAACCACGGUACACCAGAACAUGAUGAGACAAACGUCGAGCAACCCGAGAACCGCGUCGACUCUCCUGGGCAGGCCGAAAACGUCGUUAGUCAGACGCGCAUCUGGAUCGAAGGGGACGUGCACAUUAUGUUCUCGUCCACCGACGGGUUCGAGCGGUGGCUGCAGGCGAUACCGUCGACAAACAUCCAGGGCAACGUAUACAUUCGCAUGAUUGGGCAAAAGCGAAAGCGGGGUGAAGAUUCGGAGUCCGAAGACGAGAGCUCCGAGGACGACGACGACGACGACGAUGAUGAUAUGGACGGGUAUGAAGUGACUUCUGAGGAUUCGUAG